AUGGUUGUACAGCCCCGUGGGGUAUAUCCGCGUGAGGGCCUCAUUAGACGUCAAUUUUGCGUCUUUAAGCCGUUGUUGCAACUGGUCAUGGGAGUUAAUGGACAUCUGAUGUUGAUGCACCACCACCCCGGUCGUCACCCAAAAGUCGCAAUCGCUACACGACAGAAUUUACCCGAGCAUGAAUGUCUGCCGUACUUUCACGGAAUGCUUGAUGCCGUUACCUACAUUCAUUCUAUCGGUGUUAUACAUCGAGAUAUAAAACCGGAGAAUAUGAUGAUCGACAACAACAAUGAAAUACAGCUGAUUGACUUUGGUUCCAGUUUAGUGCUUGAAUUACAAGGUGAUGACCAAGUUAGCGGUACCAUUGGAACCCCGGCCUUCCUUGCUCCUGAAUGCGUUCAGGGUACAGGAGAAGCCUAUUCAGGGAAGAAAGCAGAUAUCUGGGCUCUGGGGAUUACACUAGCACUUAUGCUCACCGGAAAGCUCCUCUACGAUGGACUCACGAAGUAUGAUGUCUUCGAGGCUAUUAGAAUGAGGCCUUUCGACAUUGAGAAUAGAUGCAUCAGUAGACACGCAGUUGACCUCCUCACGAACGCCCUAAAUCGCAAUCCCGAGGAGCGAUUCGAUGCAAUGAAAUUGAAGGUGCAAUCGUUUAACACUGUCAUGCCUAUUUUAGGAGUCAACGUGGAUAAAAACAUAUCCAUAAAAAAAUUACAUGUGUCCGCAAAUUCCACGUUUACAGGGGAUGAGUAG